ACGAACGAUGGCGACAGCGGUGCUGAGGUGCCGGUUCUUGGCGGCUCUGAGCAGCGGCGGCGGUGGUAGCAGCUGCUGUUGCGGUGUCAGCGCCUGUCGCACCCGGGCUGCUAGGGUGUUUGGCAUAUCUUCUGAAUUGCUUUCAAUCCAUGGUUUGCACCACAUUCAGCAGCAGCAGAGGAAUCUUUCUUUGCAUGAGUAUAUAAGUAUUGGAUUACUGAAAGAUGCAGGCAUCACUGUUCCCAAGGGGAAAGCUGCUUCUACACCAGAAGAAGCAUAUACUGCUGCCAAAGCAAUUGGUUCAAAGGACCUUGUUGUAAAAGCUCAAGUAUUAGCGGGUGGCAGAGGAAAAGGGGUAUUUGAAGGUGGUCUGAAAGGAGGAGUCAGAAUUGUUUAUUCUCCAGAGGAAGCCCGGGAUAUCUCUUCAAAAAUGAUUGGAAAGAAGCUAUUUACCAAACAGACAGGUGAGAAAGGAAGGAUAUGCAAUCAGGUGUUUGUCUGUGAGCGAAGGUACCCCAGAAGAGAGUAUUACUUUGCAAUAACACUGGAAAGAACAUUUCAGGGACCAGUAUUAAUAGGCAGUUCAGAGGGAGGAGUUAAUAUAGAGGAUGUAGCAGCCAAAAACCCUGAAGCAAUUGUUAAGGAGCCCAUUGAUAUAGAGGAAGGCAUCAAAAAAGAGCAAGCUGUCAAGCUUGCAUGGAAAAUGGGUUUUCCAGCUAAUGUGGUAGAAGAUGCAGCAGAGAAUAUGAUCAAGUUAUAUGAGCUGUUCAUCAAAUAUGAUGCCAGUAUGGUUGAGAUAAAUCCUUUGGUGGAGGAUGCCUCUGGGAUUGUAAUGUGCAUGGAUGCAAAGAUCAACUUUGAUUCUAAUGCUGCCUAUCGGCAGAAGGACAUUUUUGCUCAGCAAGACUGGAGUCAAGAGGACAAAUAUGACAAGCAAGCAGCUGAUGCAGGUCUCAAUUACAUUGGAUUGGAUGGAAACAUUGGUUGUUUGGUAAAUGGUGCAGGUCUAGCUAUGGCCACAAUGGAUAUCAUAAAGCUUCAUGGAGGAAAUCCUGCCAACUUUCUCGAUGUAGGUGGUGGGGCAACAGCUCAGCAAGUAAAUGAGGCUUUUAAGCUUAUUACCUCAAACAAACAGGUACUUGCUGUUCUGGUAAAUAUAUUUGGUGGCAUCAUGCGCUGCGAUGUAAUUGCUAAAGGUAUUAUUCUGGCUGUGAAGGACUUGGAUUUGAAGAUUCCGAUAGUUGUGAGAUUGCAAGGCUCUAAAGUUGAUGAUGCCAAAGCACUGAUUGCUUCCAGCAGCCUCAAGAUUCUGGGUUGUGAUGACUUGGAUGAAGCUGCUAGACUGAUUGUAAAACUUUCAAAAAUCGUGUCAUUAGCAAAUGAGGCACAAGUGGAUGUCGAUUUCCAGCUGCCAAUUUGAGACAUGCAUUAAAGAAAUAAACUCCUACAGUGUUCACAAUUGUGGUAUAUUCUUAAAAAUGUCUUGCCCUUUGUUUCUCUUUGUGAAGGGGUCUAUUACUCAAGUUACAAUACUGCACAAAAUGUAAUGUUGGCUUUUGUCAUGGCGUUCAGACAUUUUUGUUUAGUGUCGCAUCUUCAAAUAUGUUGGGGAUGUGAUGUAAUCCAGAUUUUUAAAUUAUUACCUUAACAGUUAUUUAAAGUUUGCAUGUAUAUUGAGUGGUUCUCCAAAUCCUAUGGAACACUGAUGUGUUCAUCUGGUAGAUCUUGAAGCACAUUGUUUGACAUUUAAGUCUGAAUUGAUCUGAUGUUUUUGAUAACCUGGCUUCCAACAAAGGACUAUGUACUUUACAGUUUAUAGCACCACUAAAUGUGUUUCUGUUCUCUUUGAAAAGCACAGGAUGUUUUUUGGGGUUGCAUGUUAUGCAACAAUUGUUAACUCAUUAAUUAUUGCAUUGGUACAGUCAACUCUCUAACGUUUGCACAUUCCUCCACUGCAACCCACAUUUCAAGUGGAUUUAUUAUUGGUAAACACAUAAGUGAGGCACUCCAGAUACAUUUCCAUACAGCAAUGAAUUCAAACUUGUGAAGUAAUGAAUGAGUUAAUCAUACUGAUAAAGGGGCAAAACAGUCCUUUCUACAACAGAGGAAUGUUCAAAGAUGUUGCUGCUGUAACUUGUUUGACAUGAUCAAAAAUUAGCUUAUUAAAAGAAAAAUGCACAUUGAAUUGUACCCUUGUGUAUAUAGCAAGGCAUUUCUGCAAAAUGUUUAAGCCUCAUAGGCUAGAUUGAAACAUUUUAAUAUGCAUUAUUGAAACCCUGGUUAUUGUGUUCAACAAUAAAAUAUACUUCAGUUCUCUGAGAACUUGCUUGAUAA